AUGGACGUCGUCUCGAGAUGGUCCGUCGUGGGUGCCACGGGCCGGGAUGUUGAAUGUAAGACGGAUACCUGGGGGCUGGGAUGGCACCGAGAACGAGGCCAAGAUGAUGACGGUAGCCCAGUACAAGCCACUAGCCCUUUGCAGCCUCUCCGCAACCGCAAGAUGCCGCCUUGCAUUGGACGCCUUCCCGCCAUUGGUUCCAUCUACAACUCUCCAGAAGGCCAUGGCAUGGAUGGAUUUCCAUAUCAAGAAGAUCCCGUGCACCUGAAGAAUACACAAGAGAAAACCCCCCUCACACCGCGGCUGAAGAACUGA